AUGCCAACAUCAGCACCAACAAAGCCAACAACAAAACCAACAAAGCCAACAGCAAAACCAACAAAGCCAACAGCAAAACCAACAAAGCCAACAAUAAAGCCAACAAAAAAGCCAACAUCAAAACCAACAAAUCCAACAACAAAGCCAACAGCAAAACCAACAAUGCCAACAUCAAAACCAACAAAGCCAACAACAAAACCAACAAAGCCAACAGCAAAACCAACAAAGCCAACAGCAAAACCAACAAAGCCAACAAAAAAGCCAACAAUGCCAACAUCAGCACCAACAAACGCACCAACACCAAGUUUACCAACAACAAAACAGCCAAGUACUGAACCACCAGCUACAGUGGCAACAUCUAUACAAUGUGGGUUUGAUAAAGAUGUUUGUGGUUUUAACUUGGCCUCUGACCCUGAUAGUCUCCCCUGGCUAAUUGGUAAUAGUAGUGGACCAACCACGGACUUUUCACCAAACAAAGGCAGAUACCUGUACUUUUCUUUUAACAGAGAAAUUCCAUCUGAUAAAGAUUUGUUAGCUCAUAUGACCUCGGGAAAGGUUGACGGCCAUACUUACAAAUGUCUACUAUUACGAUAUAAGACGAGUUCUAACCGAUCUGACAUAUUCAAUAUUAAUAUUAGGGAUAAAUCUAAAACUGUACUUUCAAAAUGGACUUUGAGUAAUCAAGUUAUUAAUAAAUGGGAUCUGAUAGAAAUAACACUUCCUGAUGACCAGAACUUACAGUUGCAAUUUGAAGGCUUGGUCAUGAUGGAUACGAAAGGAUAUCUAGCAAUUGAUGAUUGGCAUUUAGCACAAUCGCUGUGUAAAGAGAAGCCGAGAUGUCUAGCUAACCCGUGUAAGAAUCAGGGAACUUGUAAAGAAAGUUUAAAGAGCUAUGUUUGUGUAUGUUCUGAGGAAUUUUCAGGAACCAAUUGCGAAACAGCAAUAACAACCCGAAAUCCAACUACCAAGAAGUCUCAAAUCACAGCACGAACUCUCGUAACAGCCCAGCCAUUACCAUCUUCAUCAAUGUCAUCUAAACCACCCUUAGUCAGUCUAAGAACUGCUGUCAUUGGCACAUUACCGACGUCGACCGACAAAAUAUCAUCUGCCCAGACGGGAAAAACGCAGCAAACAGAAACUCUAAACCCAGGAAGCACACAGCCACAUCCAAUAACACUUGGAACAGCAAUACCACAGUCCACAGAGCAAUUACCAACUAUCAAUCUUUCUAUGACAGCACAUACAUUGGUCACAGCUGAACAGAUUACGACCACUGGUUCGUCAGUAAAUGAAACGGCUACUGAAUCAUAUGGUGAAGCUCUAACUAAAGGAGAAACAUAUGCCCUGAUUGCAGGCGGGUCUUUAGCUGUGGUCGUUAUCUUGUCAUGCUUGAUAGCUCGAUGUUAUAAGAAGAGUAGUUUUAAAGGUGGAGAUAUCUAUGAUGAUACAUAUGGUAAAGAAUACAAUGGACUACCAUCUAGUACAGAUGUGAAAAAUCCACAGGAUAGCGAACUAACAGUGUUAAACUAUACAACACAUCAACACCUAUAA